AUGGAAACCAUGGUUUCCAACCUCUGCGACGGUGAGGACUGCUGCGUCGAGGGCGCCUUCUGUUCAUAUGCCUGCCCCCCUGGCUAUCAGAAGUCUCAGUGGCCCAAGACUCAAGGAGCAACUGGACAAUCCAUUGGUGGCAUCCAGUGCAGAAAUGGCGUUCUCCGCUUGACCAACCCUGACGAAAAGAGGCUCUGCAUUCCCGGAGCCAAAGAAGUCAACGUCCAGGUGGAAGACAAGUUGAACGGCUCUGUCGACAACUCUAAAACUGACCGUUCAAACGGCAGUGGCCAGGCGCAGGCCGAUACGCACGCUGACGAAGAACAUGCUCCGCCAUACGGCCCGUCGUGA